CGCGGUGGCGGCGGCGGCGGCGGCGGAGCGCGCGGGCCGUGGACGCUGCGGUGCCGUGCCGUGCCGUGCCGUGCCGUGCCCUGCCCGCGCACCGGAGCCAUGGCGGAGCCGUUCGUGGUGGAGAGCCCCGACGUGACCUACGGCGCCGACUGCAUCGAGGCCAAGUACACGUACCGCAGCGCGCGCGUGUGCCGGGAGGGCGGCCUGCUGAAGGUGAGGCCGUGCGCCACCCGCUUCACCUUCCGCACGGAGCGCAGGGUCCCGCGCCUGGGCCUGAUGCUGGUGGGCUGGGGCGGCAACAACGGCACCACGGUGACGGCGGCCGUGCUGGCCAACCGCAUGGGCCUCUCCUGGAUGACCAAGACCGGGCGGAAGCAUGCCAAUUACUACGGCUCCCUGCUGCAAGCCUCCACCGUCUGCCUGGGCUCCGGCCCCGCUGGCGACGUCCACGUGCCCUUCCGGGACCUGCUGCCCAUGGUGCACCCCAACGACAUCGUCUUUGACGGCUGGGACAUCUCCUCGCUGAACCUGGCCGAGGCCAUGCGCCGGGCCCAGGUCCUCGACUGGCAGCUGCAGGAGCAGCUCUGGCCCCACAUGGAGGAGAUGAAGCCCCGACCCUCCAUCUACAUCCCCGAGUUCAUCGCGGCUAACCAGGAGGAGCGUGCCGACAACCUCAUCCCUGGCACCAAGGCUGAGCAGGUGGCUCAGAUCCGCCGGGACAUCCAGGACUUCCGGGCGCGUAGCGGGGUGGACAAGGUCAUCGUGCUGUGGACGGCCAACACCGAGCGCUUCUGUGACGUGCGGCCUGGCCUCAACGACACGGCCGACCACCUGCUGCAGGCCAUUGAGCGCGGGCUGGAGGUGUCCCCGUCCACGCUGUUCGCGGUGGCCAGCAUCCUGGAGGGCUGCGCUUACAUCAACGGCUCGCCCCAGAACACCUUCGUGCCGGGCGCCGUGGAGCUGGCUGUACAGCGCGGCGUCUUCAUCUGCGGCGACGACUUCAAGUCCGGGCAGACCAAGCUCAAGUCGGUGCUGGUGGAUUUCCUUGUUGGCGCCGGGCUCAAGACCGUGUCCAUCGUGAGCUACAACCACCUGGGCAACAAUGACGGCAAGAACCUGUCGGCCCCGGAGCAGUUCCGCUCCAAGGAGGUCUCCAAGAGCUGCGUGGUGGACGACAUGGUGCAGGCCAACCCCGUGCUGUAUGGCCCCCACGAGAAGCCCGACCACUGCGUGGUGAUCAAGUACGUGCCGUACGUGGGCGACAGCAAGCGGGCGCUGGACGAGUACACGUCGGAGAUCAUGAUGGGCGGCACCAACACCAUCGUCGUCCACAACACUUGCGAGGACUCGCUGCUGGCCAGCCCCAUCAUCCUGGACCUGGCCAUCCUGACGGAGCUGUGCCAGCGCAUCACCUUCUGCACCGAGAGCGACCCCGACUUCCAGGGCUUCCACAGCGUCCUCUCCAUCGUGGCCUUCCUGUGCAAGGCACCUCUGGUGCCCGAGGGCACCCCCAUUGUCAACGCCCUCUUCCGGCAGCGCAGCUGCAUCGAGAACAUCCUCAGGGCCUGCGUGGGGCUGCCGCCCCAGAACCACAUGCUGCUGGAGCACAAGAUGCAGAGACCUUGGCUGAGCCAGAAGUGGGCCUGUCCGGCCGAACCCAGCUGCCCCGUCUCCAGCAAGAAGGUGGCCGCCCAGGUGAACGGCCACGUGUGUCCAGCCAGCAGUGGGCCCGGGGCCUCGCACGCCUGCCUCUGUGCGGACAGGGACAAGUAGGGCCCCUGCCCUGCCCCUCAGCCUGGGAGAGCUCCAGCCCGGGGAGGGCAGGCUGGGGGGCUAGGAGCCAGGGUGAGGGCUGCUGCACUGCGGGGGCCAGCAUCCCCAGGCCUCGGCCCGCUUGGUGUGCAUAGGGCAGGUUGUGUGUUGUAUGUGGUUUUUAGCUUCUCGGGGCCCUGACCCAGCAGCAGCAACACUGUGAAUCCUUCUCAUCUUUAAUAAACCUGGACUAAGUCA